AUCACCCUACUUCUAUUUGAUUGCUACCCAACCUCGCCGUCCGAGAUUGUCAAAAAGAAAAAAAGAGCCCUGAGGACGAGGUUACAACUUCUUCGUCUCGUGGGGUCGAGCUUGGAUGGGGACCAAGUAAGGAGCGGAGGGUAUGAAAAUCAUGUGAUGUUAUUGUUCGUCUCGAUUAACUUUCGUUUUCUAAAUAGAAACAUUUGUGGGUAGUGUCGUAGACUAGACCACACUGCACUAAAACCUUCAACUUUUGGUUUUUAUCCAAUGUUGACAUCGUUAGGUUUCAAUAAAUAUGGUUAGCAUUAGCAAUAGCUCAGGACAUCAGGGUUCCUUCAGCGAGUUUGCUGAACACGAUCAUCUACAUCCUCCAAUAUUUCCCACAACAACAAAUGGGUCGACUGAAAGUUUGCUGCUGCCAUCAUCAACAACCCACACAAUAUCUGGACAUUCUCAAAAAUAUUUUGUGAAAAGAUUCCCUGGAGUUUGGGUCAUUGUUCUGUACAUAUUCCUGCUGACUGCUUUUGAAGUUCUUUCUUUCGUUCUACAUGAUGUUCUUCAUGUUCAUAUACUGGGUGGGAUAGAUGAACCAUUCGCAUUAUUAACUGUACUUCACGUAGGAGUUUGGUUGAUUACAUUUGUGUAUGAUCGGUAUCUUCAUUUCAAUCACCAUUUGCUGCGAAGGUAUGGAUACUUGAAAUUUUUCACAAAGACAAAAGAAAUACGCAGAGUACCGCUGGGAGUGUUCUCUUUGGGAAAUGCUGCUUUGCUUCUUGUGGUCGCAUUUACUGCAAGUCAACAUAAAAACCUCAUCUCACUAAUUAGAAUAUUUCAAAUUGUAGCAUCCAUCGAAGUGUUUUUUAGUUUGGUCACCAUUAUUAUUUAUUUAGUUUAUGUUGUAAAAUUUAACAAAGAAAGAAAAUCUCCCGAUGUUUACCAUCAAGACGUUGUGCAUGGUUUCAACGAAGAUAUGUACACAUCACCUGAGGUCGGCUUCAAGGAUACAGAGUGUCUUGAUGAGAUCUUAGAAAAACAAUCAGAAAUGAUUCGAUAUUUACAGCAACAUAACACCAACCUAGGGAAGAGAAUUGUGGAACUCACACAACUUCUACCGUACGACCAACAACAAUCGGUAUUACACUCCUCUAAUAUUCCACCUCAUUUGCAUGCGCGGUAGUAAAAAUGGCGUCACUUGAAGAGAAAUGCCAGCUGUAUAACCCUUUACUAAUUUGUAAAAAACAUGGAAUUAUUUAUUGAAAAAGAGAAGAAGAAAACUGGGAUUGAAGUUGCUACAUGAAUUACGGCUGAAGCUGAACCUAGAUUAAUAAGCCAGACCUCUAUUUGGAAAUGUUAGGACGAGUGUUUUGAGUUUAAUUUGUUUGAGAUUAUAUUUGUUUAAGAUUAUAUAUUAUCAAUUUUUGUAUUAACUUAUGUACUGUUAGAGUAUUGUAUAUUAUUUUUAUUACUGA